ACACUCCUGAAGAUGAGCUGCUCAGACAUCUCUAUCAAUGAGUCGGUCCUCAGUAUUGAGGGAGGGUUGAUUGUCAUGACACCUUUUAGUGGUGUCGUUGGCUCCUAUAUCCUCAUUUGGACCACUGUUCUGAGAGAACCCUCUGCUAAGAAAUUCUUCAAAGUCCUUUCGACCUGUGGCUCCCACCUCCUCGUUGUGUCUUUAUUCUAUGGGACCAUUGCAGAAGUUUACCUGUUUUCUUCUUCAGCCCCCUCCAGUGAUGAAAAGGUCUUUGGGUUGGAGAGUAGGAGCAUCUUCAGUGGCAAGAAUGAAGACGGAAUAUCCUUCAGUCCCACCAACUCUACGAAAUCCCUUCCUUUCUUCCCUUCGCUCCUUACAGUCCAUGGAAGGAGAGGAUCAGAAAUAAUAUCAUAAAAUAUUCUGCUGAUGUAAGUUGAACUUCCCAUAAUAAA